CGCUGGGCGGGCUGGGCGAGGGCGAGUGGCUGUCCGCGGGGACCCGAACCCCGAUCCGCGCCCGCCAUGCGCUGGCUCCGCGCGCUGCUCAAGAAUGCGUCCCUGGCCGGGGCGCCCAAGUACAUCGAGCACUUCAGCAAGUUCUCCCCGUCCCCGCUGUCCAUGAAGCAGUUUCUGGACUUCGGCUCCAGCAAUGCGUGUGAGAAGACGUCCUUUACCUUCCUCAGGCAGGAGCUGCCCGUCCGCCUGGCCAACAUCAUGAAAGAGAUCAACUUGCUUCCAGACCGGGUUCUGGGCACGCCCUCGGUGCAGCUGGUGCAAAGCUGGUAUGUGCAGAGUCUCCUGGAUAUUAUGGCCUUCCUGGACAAGGACCCCGAGGACCACCGGACCCUCAGCCUGUUCACGGAAGCCCUGGUCACCAUCCGGAACCGCCACAACGAUGUGGUACCCACCAUGGCACAGGGUGUGCUGGAGUACAAGGACACAUAUGGCGAUGACCCAGUGUCCAACCAGAAUAUCCAGUACUUCCUGGACCGGUUCUACCUCAGCCGCAUCUCUAUCCGCAUGCUCAUCAACCAGCACACCCUCAUCUUUGACGGCAGCACCAACCCAGCCCAUCCUAAGCACAUCGGCAGCAUUGACCCCAACUGCAGCGUCUCUGAUGUGGUGAAAGAUGCCUAUGAUAUGGCCAAGCUCCUGUGCGACAAGUAUUACAUGGCUUCCCCUGACCUGGAGAUCCAGGAAGUCAAUGCCACCAACUCCAAAGAACCAAUCCAUAUGGUGUAUGUCCCCUCCCACCUCUAUCAUAUGCUCUUCGAGCUCUUUAAGAAUGCCAUGCGUGCCACGGUGGAGAGUCACGAAUCCAGCCUCGUCCUCCCCCCUAUCAAGGUCAUGGUGGCCUUGGGUGAGGAAGAUCUGUCCAUCAAAAUGAGUGACCGAGGUGGGGGUGUGCCCUUGAGGAAGAUUGAGCGGCUCUUCAGCUACAUGUACUCGACAGCACCCACCCCGCAGCCAGGCACAGGGGGAACCCCACUGGCUGGCUUUGGGUAUGGGCUCCCCAUUUCCCGCCUCUACGCCAAGUACUUCCAGGGAGACCUGCAGCUCUUCUCCAUGGAGGGCUUCGGCACGGACGCUGUCAUCUAUCUCAAGGCCCUGUCCACAGACUCGGUGGAGCGCCUGCCCGUGUACAACAAGUCCGCGUGGCGCCACUACCAGACCAUCCAGGAGGCGGGCGACUGGUGCGUGCCCAGUACAGAGCCCAAGAACACGUCCACUUACCGCGUCAGCUAGGGGCCGCCACGCCGUGCCCGGGACAGUCACCUCGGGCCUGGACCCUCCCCGAUGACCUGCCUGUGUCUCGAAGUCACCGCAGGGAUGGGUCGGGGCCUGAAGUGCCAGUCUGUCUCCAUGGAGACCCCGAGCCUGUGGGAAGAGCCUGAGGAUUGGGGAGGGCCCCCCGAGGAGGUGUCCCGAGGCCCGUUUCUGCGGCCUUCCUCCUCUCUGCGUUGUGCGCCCCCUUUUCUCUGGGGGACCUGGGUCCCCCCCGCAUCACUGCCCUCCACAGCCCCUGCUUGUCUUAUUCCCGGCCCCUGCAGCACCCGGACAUGGGCUGCUGUCAGUGUUAGGAGGGGGGACGCCCUUGGGCUCCCAGCGGGGCAGUGGAUGCUGCAGCCCCCCACCACGCUGGGUGCACUGGCUGAGGGUGGUUUUCUCACUCCGGCCUCCUGCAGUACAGGAACUGGACAGACGCCGAGGGCGCCCCGGCCCCGCCCCGCAUGUCCUCCCUCCCACGCCCACCUCGCACCCCUUGUGGGGGCGCCCGCCCAUCCACAUGUGGGGGGCGCUUCUCUCUAGCUCGCUUUGUACAUAGCUGGUUUUAUAGCCUGGUGCGCCCCUUUCCCGAGCAGGGGACAGGGGUGCGGCGGGCCGAGUCCUGGCCUGCCCUGUGCUGGGCAUGGCCGUCCAAGUAAAGAGGAGAUGGUGUG